AUGGAUAAUUUGGAUAGUUUUUCACAAAGGCUGAAAAAACAUCGUAGGGUCAAUGGGUUGACCCAGGCGGAUGUAUGCAACGAACUGAAGACACUGUAUGGUGUGGAUGUUUCACAGACAACUCUGUCGCGUUUCGAGUCGAACGAGUUGUCAUAUACGAAUAUGCUCAAACUCUGGGAGCCUUUAAAAAAAUGGUUGUAUGACACGGAAUCUGCGGUGGAUCUCUGCACACAGCAUCCAUCUGCGACAUCUGAUGAAGAGCUUCCCACUGCUAGUGUUGCCGGUGAAAACACGUCACUGACAUAUUUCACAAACGCGCCAAAACGCCGAAGACGGACAAAUUUGGCACUGUAUCGCAAUAAACUUGAGAGCUAUUUCAACGCGGAUCCUCAUCCAACUGAUGAAUUAAUUAAUAAAAUUGCAGCAUCUAUUGGUUUAGAAAUAUGUGUAACUUUUCUUUCUUGUAGUUCGAGUGUGGUUCAGCAAUCGCCGUCAAAAGCUCCGAAACGAAGCGGCAAAGCAGUGUAA